GCCAUGUGGACGCAGCUGGCGAGGGGCCGUUGCCGGUUACCGGCCGGGGCCGGGCUCGGGCUCGGGGGUCGCGCUGCGCGGCUCACCGCCCUCCGCACCCAGCACGGGGCCGUGGAGGGGUCGGCAGCCGGCCGCCAGCUCCCCUGCACCGACGUGACGAAGAGCAUCAGGCAAAUAAUUCUGAACUGUAAAGCAGAGUUGGUAGCCUUGAAGAAAUAUGAACCAGGUUUUCACCCAAGACUGGCCAUUGUGCAGGCAGGUGAUGGUGAUAUUUCGGAUGUGAAGAAGAUGGCAGAAGAGGUUGGGCUUCGUGUGGUUCAGGUCCAUUUGCCAGCAGGAACAGCUAAAGAAGAGGUUAUAAAUGAAAUCAUGAAGUUCAAUGAAGAUUCAAACACUCACGGCUUGGUUCUUUCCCACAAUCUUGUAAGCAAUGUGGCUGUAGGCAUGGUGAAUCCUGAAAAGGAUGUUGAUGGGAUCACAGAUGUUAAUUUAGGACGAUUGGUUCGUGGCAAUCUCAGUCAGUGUUUUGUGCCUCCAACUGCAAGUGCAGUGAUGGAACUGCUGGAGCAAGCAGAUCUGCUUGCUGUUGGACGGAAGGUUUUGAUUAUAGGAGAGGGUGGCUCACUGGAAGCAGCCCUGCAGAAGCUCGUACAGAUGGAAGGGUUAGUGGCUGUGAGCUGCUUUUGGCAGAGUGCUAACAUCAUGGAACUGGUCAAUCAUUCUGACGUUGUAGUGGUGACCAGUCCUCCACCUGAAGGCCAUAAAGAUGAUUGGCUGAGAGCUGACACAACCAUAAUUGCAUAUGAUUUAACAGCUUUUAGCUCAAGCCCCAACUGCCGCGAUUUCCAGCACAAUGAACCUGGAUCAUCACACGAUGGAAUUGGACUCUUGACAGGAGCUCUGCGGAUCAAGAAUACAGUGGAAAGCAGUACCAGAUGGUUCAAAGAACAACAACGCAGGAGAUGGAAUCUUCAGCCUCUCAAAUUGCACCCCAUCUUGCCUGUCCCCAGUGACAUUGAGAUCUCCAGGGCACAGACUCCAAAGACAAUCGACAUACUUGCCAAAGAGAUUGGGCUGCACCCAACAGAAGUAGAAACCUACGGAAGGAAUAAAGCAAAAGUGAAACUAUCUGUCUUGGAUAGAUUGAAGAUGCGGGAAGAAGGAAAAUAUGUAUUGGUUGCUGGUAUUACACCAACUCCUCUGGGAGAGGGGAAGAGCACAGUGACAAUUGGAUUGGUUCAAGCACUCGGAGCACAUCUGGAUGUUAACGCAUUUGCCUGUGUGCGACAGCCAUCUCAGGGGCCAACAUUUGGCAUUAAAGGUGGAGCUGCAGGAGGUGGAUAUUCUCAGGUCAUCCCCAUGGAGGAGUUCAACCUUCACUUAACGGGGGACAUUCAUGCAAUUACAGCAGCCAAUAACUUGCUGGCAGCAGCUAUUGACGCCAGAAUGCUACACGAGGCUACUCAGUCAGACCAGGCACUGUACAGUCGUUUGGUGCCCACUGUAAAUGGAGAGCGACAUUUCUCUGCCAUCCAGCUUGCUCGGCUAGCACGCUUGGGUAUUCAGAAGAAGGACCCCCAUCUCCUGACACCAGAGGAGAUCACGAAGUUUGUUCGUUUGGAUAUUGAUCCUUCCACGGUUACCUGGCAACGAGUGGUCGAUACAAAUGAUCGUUUCUUGCGUAAAAUAACGAUUGGGCAAUCUAAUACAGAGAAAGGAUUUAUUAGAGAGGCUCAGUUUGACAUUGCUGUUGCCAGUGAAAUCAUGGCCAUCCUCGCCUUAACAGACAGUCUGGCUGACAUGAAGAACCGACUUGGAAAGAUAGUGGCAGCCAAUGACAGGAAAGGACACCCAGUUACAGCAGAAGAUCUGGGAGUUAGUGGUGCACUGGCUGUCCUAAUGAAAGAUGCAAUCAAGCCAACAUUGAUGCAAACAUUAGAGGGAACCCCAGUGUUUGUACAUGCUGGACCCUUUGCAAACAUCGCACAUGGCAAUUCUUCAGUUUUGGCUGACAAGUUGGCACUGAAGCUGGUUGGCAAAGAGGGUUUUGUGGUGACUGAAGCUGGCUUUGGUGCUGACAUCGGAAUGGAGAAGUUUUUCAACAUCAAGUGCAGGGCCUCAGGCCUUCAGCCCAGCGUGGUGGUGCUUGUGGCAACAAUCCGAGCUUUGAAGAUGCAUGGUGGUGGGCCUAGUGUUAGUGCAGGGAAGCCGCUAUCUAAAGAAUAUACAGAAGAGAACCUGAAGCUGGUUGCCGAUGGCUGCUGUAACCUACAGAAACAGAUCCAGAUUGCUCAGCUUUUUGGAAUUCCAGUUGUGGUUGCCGUGAAUGUGUUCAAGACUGACAGUGAAGCGGAAAUUGACCUUGUCUGUAAUAUCGCUAGAAACUCCGGAGCUUACGAAGCUGUCCCCUGUAAUCACUGGGCUGCUGGAGGCAGGGGUGCCAUGCAGCUGGCUGAGGCUGUCAGGAAAGCUGCAGACCAGAAGAGCAGCUUCAGGUAUCUCUAUGACCUACAGAUGCCCCUUGUGGACAAGAUUCGCACAAUAGCACAGGAGGUGUAUGGGGCUGAAGAUAUAGAGCUUUCCCCCCAAGCUCAGUCCAAGGUGGAUCUGUACAUCAGUCAGGGCUUCGGACAGCUGCCAAUCUGCAUGGCAAAGACCCAUCUGUCACUGUCACAUCAGCCUGAGCGAAAGGGGGUUCCCAGUGGUUUUAUCCUGCCGAUCCGGGAUGUCCGUGCCAGUAUUGGGGCUGGCUUUAUCUACCCAUUGGUGGGCACGAUGAGCACGAUGCCAGGACUACCCACUCGCCCUUGUUUCUACGACAUUGACCUCAAUCCAGAUACGGAGCAGGUGCAGGGAUUGUUCUGAAGGCAACAGCUCUCUGAUUUCAGAUUACUCAGAAAUGACCUGUCCUCUUUCCUGAUGAAUAAACACCAUCUCCAUCUGCCUUUUACUAAAGCUGAGAUCACCAAGACCUUCAAGUUUGAGACUUGCAAUAGAUAGAUUUGUAAUAGAUUAAACCCUAGUGCUGAGUUGUUAGUGUUCUGCGCUGUUGAACCUUAUCUAGUUUCUGAUAUAUAUUUAACAACUUUGAGUAAUUGUGGUUAAAUAUGAUGAUGCUGAGUGUCUAAUUUAAAAUUUUGUAUAUUUAGUAUCUUCGGGUCAUUUUAUUUUUGGUACUUUAUGGAACUGGCAUGGAGCCAUUGCUCAGUAUCCCAGUCAUGCCCUCACAGGUGCCACUUUGCUUUGAAGUGCACAAAGUAAGAUAACAGGGUUGUUCUUGAGUUAAAGAGCAUUGAAUCCAAAUUUGGCAGUGAUUCUUCCUCUUAUCUUUAAUGCUGCAGUACUUUGGCAAAAACAAACAGGCUAAUGAUUUGCACCCACUGGACCGAGGUGGGGCUAAAAUCAAGUAUUGAUAAUCAAUUCUGAGCAUUUUGGACUUCUCUAAAACCACUAACUUAUUCCUUGAGAUAACUUGAAAUGCCAAACGGCAAUACCUACAUUCCCUUGCUGUAUACAAUGCCAAAAUGGUUACUGUUACAAGCCUUGAAAUGGUUUUUAAAAGAAGAUUGUUGACUUUAUCAUCUAUGCAUCUUGAAACUACUGAUGAUAAUAAUAAUCUGCAUUCACUUUAAGAUUUUUAGCUCCACUAUUUAUUGCAGUUUUUUAAUAAAUACUUUCCAGUUAGGUUGCCAUAUCUAAUGCCUUUUCCUUUAGCAGAACAUGCAAGUGUAUUUUAAACCUUCCUCAACUGCCUUCUCAAGUAAUGACAGAUGCUUUCAAGUCUCAUGAGCUACCUUGAUACUGAUAAAUGUUACAUACAUGAGCAAGAAUCUGCCUUCACUCACCAUUGACUCCUGAAAGGAGGGAAAAUGUUGGCUAUCAAGUUACAUUUGGUGCUGCAGUCUAUUAAAUGUGACGGAGGGCUCAGUGUAAGUCUGGAGAGGGAGUUCACACAUACCUUGGUAACUUUAUGCACCUCUUUGAGCUUGGGGUAGCAUUGUCUUCGGCGAGGUUGACAUGAACCUAACGUUUAUAUUGCAAAUGUUUACUUUUUUUGAUUUUCAGUCCUUUUUCCAGUGGUCACUAUAACAUGUAUUUUUUUCUGAUGGGGAGUUGGUUACUUUGUACUAUGUGCAAACUAACAAUAAAAUGAUACUAUUGUUUUCA